AUGGCGAGCCUCGACGGUUCGCGGUCGCACCGUCGAUCGUCGUCUCGCCGCACGUCGCCCGGACGCACCUCGCCUCCCGCUCAUCCCCUCGUCGCGGCUGCUCGCGUUUGCAGCGACGGUUGUUGUGGGGGGGAAGAGGGAAAAGGGAAGGUUGUGGCAGCGGACGGCCAGCAACGACCACCAAACCGCCAGCCGCCAUCGCCCACGCACCUGCGACUCCGUCACUGCACCAGCAGCGCCACCGCCAGCAGAGUCCCCGCCAGCAGGGACACCGCCAGCAGCGCCACCGCCAGCAGAGACCCCGCCAGCAGAGACCCCGCCAGCAGAGAUUCCGCCAGCAGAGACCCCGCCAGCAGAGACCCCGCCAGCAGAGACCCCGCCAGCAGAGACCCCCGCCAGCAGAGUCCCCGCCAGCAGAACCCACCGCCAGCAGAGAUCCCGCCAGCAGCACCACCGCCAGCAGAGAGACCCCGCCAGCAGCUUCACCGCCAGCAGAGAGACCCCGCCAGCAGCUUCACCGCCAGGAGAGAGACCCCGCCAGCAGCUUCACCGCCAGCAGAGAGACCCCGCCAGCAGCUACACCGCCAGCAGAGAGACCCCGCCAGUAGCUUCACCGCCAGCAGAGAGACCCCGCCAGCAGCUUCACCGCCAGCAGAGAGACCCCGCCAGCAGCUACACCGCCAGCAGAGACCCCGCCAGCAGCUACACCGCCAGCAGAGAGACCCCGCCAGCAGCUACACCGCCAGCAGAGACCCCGCCAGCAGCUACACCGCCAGCAGAGAGACCCCGCCAGCAGCUACACCGCCAGCAGAGAGACCCCGCCAGCAGCUACACCGCCAGCAGAGAGACCCCGCCAGCAGCGCCACCGCCGGCAGAGACCCCGCCAGCAGCGCCACCGCCAGCAGAGACCCCCGCCAGUGUCGCCGUGAGAUGGAGCAGAACUGCCGCCUCUUCUUCCUCUCACUCCCUUUCACUUCUGCCGUUGGGGGGAGGGGGGGGGGGGCUGAGGGGGUGGUGGUACGGAUUCUGCAGGGACUGCCGUGGGUGGGGCAGGGGUGUGGAGGAAGAAAGGGGGGAAGGGGGUGCGGUCCCAGGGGGCGGCUGUUAUGGGGGGUGAGGUUAAGGGGGGGUGGUUGA